ACAAUAUUAAUGUGUCAGGCAGAGUUCUUAAGUUUUAUUUACUCCAUGAAAAAUGCUUGAAAAUUCGCUUAACUGGUGUAGAUUGUGUGCUAAAAGAGAAUCAGAAAAUGCAGAAGAAAAAACCUAUAAAGUGGAAUCAAUCACAGAUCACCUGGAAAUUGUUAACAAAUAUUUUAUGAUUUCGCUUCUUCCUUACCAUGAACUUCAAUUAUUAAUUUGUGAAGACUGUUCGAACUUUUUGGCAAAAGUUGAUGGCUACAGGAAUGUCUGCACGAAAGUUGACCAAAUGUACAAUGAAUUGUUCAUCAGCAAAAAUUUUUCAAAUGAAAAUCUUCAAGCCAUUCGCCUCAAGUUUGGAGUCGAUAAUGAAGAUAUUAAAUUUAUUGCUCAUCAAUCGCCAGAAGAAGUUGAAAGCAAUGUUGUUUCUGUAAAGGCUGGAGAUCCUUUGGAAGAUGAUAUUGAUUAUGAUGAUACGGUUGUUGUGAAAGAAGAAGAAUCAGAAGGAAGACGUGAAACAAUCCCAAGGAGACGUGGUCGACAAAGAAGAUCAACACGUUUACAAUUACCGCGUUCCACAAAGAAGGGAGAUAAAUUGAAAAGAUUAAAGAUAGAAAAGCUAGAUGAAGAAGAAUCUGAGGAAGAGAGUAAGGAAUCUCCUGCCUAUGAACCCAAUCAAUCAGAUGACGAUACAUCAGCUCCUAAAAAGCGCCAAAAAGCACUCGUUUCGGAGAAAAAGGAGCAUUUCUGUGAGAUUUGCAAUAAAAAAUUCUGCCGUUCAAAUGUGCUCAAAGAUCACAUAAUUGCGCAACAUCGGAAGGAAGAACUACCUUUUGUGUGUUCUAUUUGUUCAAAGCGCUUCCUCACAGCAUACAAAUUGAAACUUCACGAAGAUACGCAUCGUCCUGAUGAUGAGCGACGUAUCUAUCCGUGUUCAUACUGUGGGAAAAAAUUUGCCAAAACCGUGCAAGUUCAGGCACACAUCAAUGCCGUUCACAUACGCAACAAGCCCUACAUUUGUGAGGAAUGUGGUAAAGGUUUUGGCACGAAGGGUGCUCUAGUUGAGCACCAAAUCAGCCACACGGAGGAUCGCCCGUUUCAGUGUUCGUUCUGCCCAAAGAAAUUCAAGAAUCGCAUUCAAGUGAAGAAUCACGAGGAGAUCCACAAAGAUCCCGUCUACUCGUGUCCACACUGUGACCAAAAGUUCAGAACUAGGCUCAUCCUGCGAAUGCACAUGGUUGUACACUCAGACGUGAAACAGUACAAAUGCAACUACUGCGGUAAUGAGUACAAACGCGCCAAAACUCUCAAAAACCAUUUAAUUUUGCACACGGGCUUACGUCCCUAUUCGUGUCCUUUCUGUGAUAAAACCUUCUCGAAUGGUUCAAAUUGUCGUAGUCACAAGAAAAAGGCACAUCCUGUGGAAUUGGCCGCAUUGGAGGCAUCGGGGCAGCAACAAACAAAAACGAGUACGCCAAAAUUAGAGCAUCUGCAGCCAAAUUCCGAUGCUUUAGCAGGUAUUGCGCCAAUUUAUGCGAUUCCCUCCAAUUGCGCCAAACCUUUCAAUGUAGAGCGAGUUGUCAAAAAUUUCUGUUUUACUUGUUUAUAUUGCAACAAAUUGUUAAAAAUAAUGCUAGGAAAUUGGCAAAAUUGGUGUCGUUUGUGUGCAAAAAGUGACUCUUCGGAGGGGGAUGCUGUGUACAAAAUGGAAUCGAUCAGUGAUCAGCUGGAAAUAGUCAAUAAAUACUUUAUGAUUUCGCUCUUACCUUUUGACGGGAGCCUAUCAUCCAUGUGUGGGGAAUGCUGUGGUUUCCUGACAAAACUUGAGACCUUUGGGGAGAGGUGUAUGCGAUCUGAGAAAAUGUUCAGUGAAUUAAUGCUGAACAAGGAGAUUUCAGCAGUAGAUCUACAAUCCAUCCGGUAUAGAUACGGCGUAGAUGACGAUGAGAUUAAAUUCAGCGCACUCGUUCCACAACUUCAAAUCUCACAGAAUGAUAAUGUUUCCACGGAAUGUCCUAUCCUCGUUGAUCAGUGCACUGACACAUUAGACCUUGAGGUUGUGUCUGAAAGAUCGAUAGUUGUAAAGCAAGAAGUGCCCGAUGCGGUAGCCGCCGUGGCUACAAAGAAACGUGGAAGGCCUAGAAAAACGGUCCGGACGCAGAAUUCGCGGCGUGUGAGGGUGAAGGAGGAAGCAAAUGAGUUCAAUGACGAAGGUGAAGAGUGCCCGAUUGUGCCUGACAAUGGAGAGGAGAUUUCUGACUGUGUUCCCGAUGACGAGGAUGUUGUGCCUCAGAAGCGCCGAAAAGGUGCAAAAGGAACCAAGGAGGGGGACCAUGCAUGCGAUAUCUGCUCAAAGCGCUACAGUCGACGGUAUUUGCUGGAGGAGCACGUGCGGGAGAAGCAUUGCAAGCUUGAGAUGCCGUUUGUGUGCUCAAAAUGCCCAAAACGCUUCUCAUCGGAGAAGAAAGUCAAAGUCCACGAAGCAAUCCACCUACCUGAGGCUGAGAAGCUAAUCCAUCCGUGCCCGUACUGCGACAAGAAGUUCAGCAAGACUGUCAAUGUACAGGCUCACGUACGUGCCAUUCACAUUGGCGAUCGGCCGUUCAUUUGUGAGGAGUGCGGCAAGUCUUUUGGCACAAAGGGCGGCCUCAAGGAGCACCAAAUCACCCACAGCGAUGAGAGGCCCUUUCAGUGUGCCUACUGCCCCAAAAAGUUCAAAAAUCUACCGCGGCUGAAGACGCACGAGGACAUUCACAAUGACACAAUGUACGUCUGCCCCCAUUGCGGUAUCCAACUCAACACGAAGCGCACCCUCAAGAUGCACAUGGUGGUGCAUUCGGACUUUAAAAAGUACAAAUGCCAGUACUGCGGAAACGAGUACAAACGCUCCAAGGCUCUCAAAAAUCAUCUAAUAUUGCACACCGGCCUGAGACCGUAUGUGUGCCCAUUUUGUGAUAAAACCUUUGCCAAUGGAUCUAAUUGUCGGAGUCACAAGAAGAAAGCACAUCCAGCUGAAUUGGCAGCCCUUGAAGCUUCUGGGGAGCAACCAAGGGCAGCAAAUAUUCCAAAGUUAGAGCAUCUACAGCCUAAGAAUGCAUUACCGUCGUCUGCUGUUGCUCUUGAACCAGCCACCGUUGAGAUCUUACAGGCACCAGCUACAAUAGAAUUCGCAGUAAAUAAUGCCGUGACAACAGUUUACCCUCCACAAGUUGGACAAACAGCCUCAGAAAUGGCUCAACUGAGGCACAAUGAGUGAAUGAAUAGAUGUUUAAAAUGUGAUGCCCAGUGGAAAAGUCAGUAAGUGCUUAAUGGAGAAAUCAAAAUGUGAUUUGGCCAUUUUUUGAAAAUUGUCACUGUUCAAGAAAAUGGAACAAUUACGAGAAAUGAUUCAAAAAUUCGAUAAUUUCUUCUGAAAUUACCCUUAAGAAUUGGAUUUGACUGGAAAUUUUUGAGAAAAUUAAAAAUUAUCCAGUUUUGGACCAAUUUACUUUAAGCGAAAAGUACACUACCAACUAAAGAAUGAAUUACAGCAUGAAUAUUUUGAUCAUUCUUGUAAAGUGACACCAUCACAAGGAGUGAUAAUUCCCUUCAUUUUCAUCCGGAAAGUUAAGAUAAUAAAAAUGUGUAAAUAGUAAAGAAAA